GUAUCGACUUUCACUCAGGUCACUUUCCUUUGCAGGUCUAAUGAGUCAUGACAUUAUCCGAGCCCCGAGUCUUCCUCCCACGCUCCUCCAGCCCACUCCCCUCCUUUAUUUGAAGGCUCUCCUCGGCUGCAGCUUCCAGUCAGCGCAGCUCUUUCCUGCCGCUGCAGAGGAAUCAGAGCUGAUGGUACAACUGGGUCCCCUUUUCUCCGGUUUCUCUUCCACAAGAUGAAACCUAUUCUUAUUGUUGUUUUGACACUCCUUGCAGAAACUGUAGCGCUUCCCGUUGGCAAGGAGAGGCAAAGAGAGGACGUGGUGGCACGAUGUUUGGUUGAAGUCUUGUCCAAAGCGCUCUCCAAGCCGGACGUUCGUUUAGAUCAGCAAUGCAAAGAUAUUCUCCAAGCAGGGGUCAAAUAUGCCCCAGUGAACAAAAAGAUCUCUGAGGGGUUUGUAACUCAGGAAGAUAACUCUCAUGCAGGGGAACCUACGGCAAAAACACCAGAUGUCAAAGAUAUCGAGGAACUCCUGAAAUCCGUGGAGGAAAAGAGGGAAACCCCUGAAGAUGAGCAGAACCAGGAAUCCUGGACUCUGUCAGAAAAGAGAGAUGGGAAUAAGGAUGAUGAAAUACGAGAGAAGAGGAGUGGCUGGAGGCCAGGAAGGUUCCAUCAGAGAAAGGGCAAACGAGGAGAGGACGACUAUGACCGGAGUCAGGAGAGUUGGGCAGGGUUGGAAAGGAGAGCCGAGGAUGGAGAAGACGAUGAAGAAAGCGAAGAACGAGAGAAGAGGAACUGGAGACCUGGGAGGUUCCACCAAAGAAAACACAAGCGCGAUGAAGAAGAUGGAAGAGAACCAGAGGAGUACUGGGAUGUGGAGAAAAGGCAGGAUGAUGAGGAAAGAGACAAGCACAUGUGGAAACCCACAAGUCACUAUCAUCACAAGAUUACGCUCCAGAAAAGAAGAGAUGAACCAUCAGAGGGUGAAGGAUAUGAAGACCGUAGUCAGGAAUCAUGGGAUAUUGACAAGAGGAACUGGAGGCCAGGCAGGGUCCACCAGAGGAAACACAAGCGUGAUGAGGAGCUGUCAGAGGAAGCUAGAGAAGAACCUGAAGAAGAACGAAGCCAGGAAUACUGGGACUUUGAUACUAGAAGAGAGAAGAGGAACUGGAGGCCUGGCAGAGUUAACCAAAGGAGACACAAACGCGAUGAGCAGCUUCCAGAAGAAGCUAGAGAAGAACCUGAAGAGGAACGGAGCCAGGAAUACUGGGACUUUGAUACUGGAAUAGAGAAGAGGAACUGGAGGCCUGGCAGAGUUAACCAAAGGAGACACAAACGUGAUGAGGAGCUUUCAGAAGAAGCUAGAGAAGAACCUGAAGAGGAACGGAGCCAGGAAUACUGGGACUUUGAUAAUGGAAUGGAUAAGAGGAACUGGAGGCCUGGCAGAGUUAACCAAAGGAGACACAAACGUGAUGAGGAGCUUUCAGAGGAAGCUAGAGAAGAACCUGGAGAGGAACGGAGCCAGGAAUACUGGGACUUUGAUAAUGGAAUGGAUAAGAGGAACUGGAGGCCUGGCAGAGUUAACCAAAGGAGACACAAACGUGAUGAGGAGCUUUCAGAGGAAGCUAGAGAAGAACCUGAAGAGGAACGGAGCCAGGAAUACUGGGACUUUGAUAAUGGAAUGGAUAAGAGGAACUGGAGGCCUGGCAGAGUUAACCAAAGGAGACACAAGCGUGAUGAGGAGCUUCCAGAAGAAGCUAGAGAAGAACCUGAAGAGGAACGGAGCCAGGAAUACUGGGACUUUGAUAAUGGAAUGGAUAAGAGGAACUGGAGGCCUGGCAGAGUUAACCAAAGGAGACACAAGCGUGAUGAGGAGCUUCCAGAAGAAGCUAGAGAAGAACCCGAAGACGAACGUAGCCAGGAAUACUGGGACUUUGAUACUGGAAGAGAGAAAAGGAACUGGAGGCCUGGCAGAGUUCACCAAAGGAGACACAAACGUGAUGAGCUUUCUGAGGAAGCCCGAGAAGAACCUGAUGAGGAGCGGAGCCAGGAAUUCUGGGACUUUGAUAAUGGAAUAGAUAAGAGAAACUGGAGGCCUGGCCGGUACCACCAGAGGAAACAUAAGCGUAAUGAAGAGCUCAGACAGGACAGCAGGGAAGGACCAGAGGAAGAGCGCAGUCAGGAGUAUUGGGAUUUUGACAAAAGAGAACAUGAAGAUAGAGAGAUAGAAAAGAUGAAGCCCACUCACCAGUAUCACAGCAAGGGGAGCAUUCAGAAGCAAGAAUCAACAGAGGAAGAGAUGGAGCAGAGGGGGGAUUCAGAAGAGAACACAGCAGAUGAAAAAGACAGAGAUGAAGCCCUGAGGUACCUGCUUGAGAAGCGUAAUCCCUGGAUUAACAGAGGCUAUUACCACCCUGCCUGGUUCAAGAGAAACUCAGAUGAACCUGCUGCAACAUCAACCAAGAUGGAUGAACUGACCAAACUGCUGAACUUCAAGUUAAACCAGCUGGCUAACAACCCCACCAAAGAGGAGGUGAAGAGGGGUUUACAGCAGAGUGCUCACUCCACAUGAGGAGAAAGAGCUGGAAAACCUUGCAGCGAUGGACAUGGAGCUGCAGAAAAUCGCAGCCAAGUUGCAUGACAAGACUUCAUAGUCCUGAAGCCUUUUACUACCAUCUGUGAAUAAUGUCAAGUUCUGUCUGUCUGCCUACUUUAUGUGUUUAGCGUUAAAAAUGAAACAAAAAUAAUCAAAGAAUUCUUGAAACAUUUUAACCAAUGUAUUCAGUGUUUUUGUGAUGUUAUGUCUAAUUAAAGCGCAUGGGAACGGCUUAGAUGUUGAUAAAUGUUUUGUGACAAUGAGACAAAGUACUGCAAUGUAUUCAAGAGCUCGUUCUGUUUGCACUCAAUAAAAGGAGUUAUCCUGGGACCAAA